CCCAUUAUCAUUUAAAAGGUUUUUAGUACUAGUUGGCCUGUUUAAUGAGAACUGUCUCCUCAUUGACCUUUUAAACUAUAUAUUAAAUGUAGCAAUAAAUACCAUCCUCUUUUAUUUUAUUCUGCAUGCUACUCAUGCUCACUUCAACAGUUAAGUAGGUGUGUGGAUGAUUAGUGUAGAACUCCUUAAAUUAAUAAACCUCAGGAUGUAUGCUUAUUCAAUAGUUAUAAAACAACAGUCAAUUAAGCAGCAUUGUCUGUCAGCUGAGCAUUUGCAGUUUGGCUUGUAUGACUACAUCAGUAUCCAAACUGCGUUAGCAGUUUUGCACAUGCUCUGUUUGCCUUUGUGAAUCCUCAUUCUCCCAUUGAGAUUUCUGUUUGUGUAAGGGCAGCAUUCUUAAUGCUGAUGCUGGGUGAACUGCAGUGGCUCUCUCAGUCCUGAUCAAAGACAAUUUGACCCUCUUAUACUAUUGGUUUUGCAAGACCUUAAAGCUCAGUUAGGUCAUUUCCAGGGACAUCUUUUUAAAUGGGUCCUUAACAAACAAAAUAUACCAUUCCCUUUAUACAAGUGACAAUGUCUUUUCCUUGACAACAACCUGCAGCCGUAAAGCAAGUUUAAUUCUCAGACGAGAAAACUGCCGACAGCAAUCCUUGCAUAUAUUGUUUACUGUAAUAUAUGAGAUUUUUCCCUGGAAACCACGGAGAUGGUAUUUGCCUUGUCUAAUUGUAAACAAUAAGAUAGACCAUAAUGGAUUUUAGCACCUCUUCAGUGUUUGAUCAGCACAAAGGUGAUGCAGUAGAAGAAAUUGACCUGACUGUGGUUUACCAAGCAGCAGCGAAUGGUGAUAUUAACACUCUGACUGCAGUAAUUCGUGAAGAUCCUUCAAUCUUAGAAUGCUGUGACAGUGAGGGUUGCACGCCUUUGAUGCAUGCCAUUUCAGGACGCCAAGUUGAUACUGUGAAGCUGCUGUUGAAGAUGGGAGCAAACAUUAAUACUCAAGAUGCCUGUGGACGCACAAGUUUAUCUUUGGCAACUUAUCUGGGCUGGCUCGAAUGCUGCGUCAGCCUGCUUAGAAAUGGUGCUAAGCAGAACAUACCUGAUAAAAACGGAAGGUUGCCACUGCAUGCUGCUACUGCGGACCUUGACGUGAGGCUUCUAACUGUGCUGCUGCAGCAAUCGAAUCUUAGUGAAAUUAAUCAUCAGGAUAAUGAGGGAAUGACUGCACUUCACUGGGCUGCUUUCCAUAAUCGGCCCCAACAUGUGCAAAUACUGUUGCAGAAAGGAGCAGAUCUAACUCUGGUGGACAAAGACUUUAAAACAGCUCUUCACUGGGCAGUACAGAGUGGAAACAAGGUUCUGUGUUCCAUCAUCCUGGACCAUCACCAGGGUCCAUCAAUAAUAAACUAUGAUGAUGAAAAUGGCAAGACUUGUAUGCACAUCGCUGCUGCAGCAGGUUAUAGUGAUAUUAUCAGCGAGCUGGCUAAAAUCUCAGAGUGCAACCUGCAGGCCCUUGAUGUGGAUGACAGGACACCUUUGCAUUGGGCUGCAGCAGCAGGGAAAGCAGACUGCGUAAAGACACUGCUACAGUUGGGGAUAGAUAGCAACCCCCGGGACAUCAAUGAAAACACUCCUCUGACAUAUGCAGUGUACUGCGGGCACACAUCGUGCAUCAAGCUGCUCUCUCAGGAGCACAGGUUUGAAACAAUUCAUCAAAUUCCCUCACAGAAGAAUAAAAACCUGAAGAAGGAAGGAAAAUUUAGUAUGUUUAACCAAAUUUUCUCGUGCAAAAAAAAGAAAGAUGAUCAGAGAACAAACCAGAAAGACAGAAAUAGAGACCGAUAUCAAAGAGAAGAGACAUCAGAAGUUGAUGAUAUCAUCACCACAUUUGACUGCAUUAUGGAAACAAACUGCAAAGAUUUCUCUGGGGAAUGUGUGGCCACUGCUGACUUCAAAAGGAGAAGCACAGACACCCAAAAGUACCUCAUGUCAGAGAAGCAGCAGCUGGAGUGUAGUGCACUUCCACCAAUCAGAACACAAAGUCUCCCCCCCAUUACAACCGGCAGCUCUUUUUUAACAACUUCUCAGAGUGCAACUUCAAGUGUCUCCUUGAGCACUAACACCUACCAUUUUUCACAUAGGUCUCAGAAAAGUAGAAGUGAACAUGACCUGUUAGAUCACAGAACUGGCUGCCAGACUCUAUUAGACAACCCCUGGAGCACAGAUUCUAACCAAAUACUCUCAUAUAAAGUCUGUACUACAACUCCUUCAGAUAAGAUGAUAAAUGCUUUGAACUCUGAAAGAUCCAACCAUAUGCUUUUGUGUCCUCCUCACUUACCUUCCCUGCCUAGUUCUCCAUCAGGGAAAAGUUUUCAACAGAUGUCCCUAGAACUACCCAAAGUAAAAGACCUUACUCCUGUACGGAACAAUCUAGCUCCCAUACCUGACCACUGUGUUCGGAAAAUCCAGCUACCAUCUAAUCAAGUUUCUCAGGGUGUCAAGAAGUCAAAGUCACAGUCUUUAAACUCUUUAAAGACUGGCGCAGCUAUUCUCCCACCAGCACUUAACUCCAAAUUCCAGAAAGGAGGAAUUUCUCAGAGUCACUCACUGUACUCCUUCUUGCCUGGUCUAUCAGGAGAACCUCUAAAAACAAGCCGUGUCCUACCUGCUAUCCCAAGCCAGAAGAGAUCCAGCCUCACAGCAGAAGACCUUAAGAAAUCUCCCAGCAAAUCAAAUGUUGAAAAUUAGCUCAUUAUGCUUGCCUCAGACAUGAAAGCUGAAAUAUUUCUAAGCAUUUUAUUACAUGAUUACAGUACAGUAGAACCUCACUGAUUCACAGCAAUCAAAGCUCUUGUUAACUGCAGUGUUAGUGAACAAAGAAUUAAAAAGAAAGGAUAAUGCGUCGUAAAAGAUACUCUGUGCAUUUAUGGUAGAUAUUUGCCACAUAGUUUUAAUUUAUGAGUUGGAGAAGACCUUAGUAACAUACUAUAAUCCCUUUUGUGAAAGGGGUCCUAGUAUUAUACAGCUUCCCUCCAGCACUGUGUUUACUAAACAGCAAGUGUGUCUACACAAGGUGCUUACUGCACAGUAGACUAAUCUACCGUGCAGUAAAGUAUCACUGUCUACAUGUGUGCAGCAUUUAUUGUGCAGUAAAUUAGUUUACUGCACGGUUGCCAACUAUCUGAAAAUACAAGUCGUAGAUUAACCAUGCAGUAACUACCGUGCAGUAGUGCACAUAUAGACUGCUGACCAGGAGCAAAUUGCUCCUGGUCAACCCAGAUUGCAGGGAGUGGGGAAACUGUCCCUUCCCCCAAGCAACUGCUUCCUAGCCCCAUGCCUCAAUCAGCACAUCAGGGCAUGGGGCUGAGAAGCAGCAGCUGGGGUGGGGACAUUUUCCUAGCCC